GUUCAUGGUGAUAAGGUUAUCUGGUUCUUGGAAUGGAACCGAAGCUGGUUAUGAGUCACUGAAGUACAACCUAACCUUCUGAGACUAUGACAUAGGAAAACAAGAUGUUGGCACUCUGCUUCCUGGGGUUACUCUCCAUUACAUCAGCAGACGUAGUUUCUGUAACCAUUGGCAACCACUGGGGUGGUGGUUUUCAAGGACAGUUUUGUUUACCCUUUGAUCAUGACGUGUCUUCUUGGAGAGCUCGUUUGGAGAUCAGCGAGCCUACGUCGUCGCUUGAAGUGUGGCUAGCUGACAUAGAGUCCCACAGUGCUGAUGGUAAAGAGUACGUCCUGGUCAACAAGCCCUUCAACGGGGUGGAACACACGGGAGAUAAACUAUGUAUCGACUUCGUUGGUCAUGCUAGCGGCGACAUCACGCCGACAGUCAACGUCAUCUUUGGUAAAAUGCCUGAUACUACAACACAACCUUCAACAACACCAAUGUCCACGACCCCAACUACGCCCACCACGCCUACAACAACGGUGACACUGGCACCAGGGAGAGAGUAUGUCGAUAUCUUCACAUCUCAUAUUUCAUAUGACAGCUUCAUAUCGAUGUAUGAAACAUGUCGUUAA